AUGACAAACGAAUUUAAUAAUAAUUAUACAAAUAUGACGAGUAAAGAUAAAGAUAAUUUAUGUGAUCAUAAUCAUGAAAUAAUACAAGAAUUAAUACAAUUAAGAAAUGAAAACAAUUCAAUUUCAAGUAAAGAUGUACAAAAAAUUAGUAGUAAAAUACACAGUGAAGAAACAAAUCAACAAUUUAAAAGACAACUUACCUCAACAAGCUGUUAUGGCGAAGGUGACUCUCAAGAUGAUGAUAAUAAUCCAUUUAUCUUUAUUACGAAAGGAAACAAAAGAAAACAAAGAACUUAUGAAAAAAGUACAAUGGAUAUUACAGAUAACGACGAACAUAAUGUCAUAGAACAAAGCAGACUGACAAUGACUAGCAGCAACAACAGUCGUCUAUUUAUUAACAGCAGAAAUAAAACGUACAACACAAACAACACACGAACAAAAAACAUUUCAAAGGACAUGAGUCACCACUAUGAUUCUAGUGAACGAAGAAGCUACAAAAAUAACAUACCAAACAAUGAUGACUCAGUUAUGAAUCAUAGCCGUAUGUCAACUUUACGUCAAAAUCUAAAUGAAAAUAAUGAAAAUAAUAAUGUAAAAGAAAAUCAAAAUAAUGAAAUUAUAAAAAAUAAUAACAUUUAUGUUUCUCAACAUGCUCUACAUUUUGCUGUUGAACAGCAUCUUCCACCUCUAUAUAUUAAAUGUACACCUAAAUUAGUGGAUCAUCAAAAGGGGAAAGAGAUCAUUAAAGCUUUAUUCGUACACAUUGAAACAGAUUUUAAAAAAUUGAAUAAACAUUUUACACUACCUUUGGGAUUUGAAUAUUGGUUCAUAGAUAAAAAUGGAGAUUUAGUAUGCUUUGCAAAAAAUAUUGAACUUUUUGUAUAUCUUUGCGAAGUCAACAACUAUCCAAAAACAUUAGCUCAAACCGACAUUCUGCCUUCAAGACCAAAACAUUUACCAAGUCAACACUCAUUAAUAUUAAAAUAUGUGCCAAAUUAUAUUACAAUUGAUGACAUUCAGAAUGAAAUCAGUUCUCAUAUUAAUACGUUAUUUAACAUUGAAGAAAUGAAUGGAUCAAAUACAGGAAAAUCCCGACAUAUAAGAAUUGAAAUUAAAUCAGCAAUUGAAUAUGAUAAAUUAUUGCACCAAGGUGGAUUAACAAUUGAUGGUCAUAUAAUUGAAGUAAAUGAAUUUCUUGCACCACCACGACUGUUAUUUUGUUCAAAAUGUAAUGAUCCUGGGCAUGUAAGGAAGCAUUGCAACCUCAAAUAUGAGGCCUGUCGCAGAUGCGGUGAAGAUAAAUCAAAUGGUAACCACAAUGAAUGCAACAUAUGUUGCCAUCGGUGUAAACAAAAUCAUAUUGCAACAGAUUACAAAUGUAAAUUUCUAAUGGAUUAUAGACGAGCUCUUCUACAACGACUAAAGCAAAAACCUUAUUUAUUACCUCCAAAUGUCAAACUAUUUAUACCUACCGAAUGUCGAGAAGAUGGAGAUAAAAAUAAUAUGAUUGUAAGUAGUAGAAGCUCAAUGAGUAAAAAUACAGUUUUUAAUGCUACAUUAAAUAAUCAAACUCAACAUUUACCUUUUAAUAUAAAUUCACACGGCUGGCCAUCACUCGAUAAACACCGAUCUAACUACAUUAAUUCAACAGCUGAUGAUGCUCUAUGGAAAGAAAUAAAAAAUAAGGAAAAUGAAAUUGAAAAAUUAAGAGAAGAAUUUAACAAUAAAAUACAACAAUGUCAAAAUAAAUACGAUAAUAAUAUAAAAAAAAUAAAAUCGAUUCUAUUAAUAAUUUCAGCACAAACUAAAUAUCAAAAUGAAAAUGUGGAACGGUGCAACACAAUUAUAAAUGAUUUCAUCCCAUUAUUAUCUUCAACAUUAACUCUUUUUCAACAGUUAACUGCAAAUUUAAAUGAUCAAAAUAAAAUGAAUGGUAACACCAAUGAAACACGUCAAUUAGUACAAUACAUUUCAAACUCAAUUGAAUGCAUGAAAGAACGUAACGAUACUCUUAUUACAAGCCAAAAAUCUCUUCAUAAUCUCGUCGAUCAACAAGGUCAGCUCUUAUCUCAAGCAGUCAAUAGUUUAGAAUUAAAUAAUGACUAA